CCCUUACAACAGCAGCACUCUGCCACUCUCUCUCUCUCUCUUUCUCUCUCCAAAGACAGACAGACAUGGCGGAGUCCAGCAAGCUCCAUGCUCUCUUCCUCAUUUGCUUGCUCUUCAUUUCCUCAGCCUCUCCAAUCCUCGGCUGUGGCACUUGCGGCAAGCCAAAGCACAAGCCUGUUAAACCUAAACCAAAGACUCCCAAAGGACCCAUAGUGGUUCCACCCAUUCAUGUCAAGCCACCUGGCGUCAAAAUACCUCCAGUCACAGUCCCUCCCAUCGUAAAACCACCAGUGACAAUACCACCCAUUGUCAAACCACCAGUGACAAUCCCACCCAUCAAACCACCAGUGACAAUCCCACCCAUCAAACCACCAGUCACAAUCCCACCCAUUAUCCCACCCAUUGUAAAACCACCAGUCACAAUCCCACCCAUCGUAAAACCACCCGUUACAAUCCCACCCGUCACAAUCCCACCCAUUAAGCCACCAGUGACCCUUCCUCCAGUAAUCCCACCCAUCGUAAAACCACCAGUCACAAUCCCACCCGUUACAAUCCCACCCAUUAAGCCACCAGUGACCCUUCCUCCAAUAAUCCCACCUGGGAUAAUCCCACCAGUCAUAGGGGGGCCCCCAGCUACGAAGCCACCAAGUCCAGGGACACCAUGCCCUCCACCGCCAGGGAACACGUGCCCCAUUGACACAUUGAAACUGGGUGCUUGUGUGGAUCUUCUAGGCGGGUUGGUCCACGUUGGGCAGGGUGACCCGGUGGUGAACGAGUGCUGCCCGGUGCUGCAAGGGCUUGUUGAACUUGAAGCUGCAGUGUGCCUCUGCACUACUCUCAAAAUCAAGCUUCUUAACCUCAACAUCUUUGUCCCACUGGCUCUUCAGCUCCUUGUCACUUGUGGCAAGAGUCCUCCUCCUGGUUUCACUUGCUCUCUCUAAAAGAAGAAAUCUACAUUGAUGGAUCCAACAGAGCAAUCGUUGGGAAGGGAACAAUCGUCAUGAGAGAAUGUCGAGCCUCCCCCUCCCUACGUCCAUUUGUUUAACUUUCCCCCCAAUAUUUUCUUAUUUUGAUUAUUAAUGGUAUUGAGAUGAUGUUAAUUUGGAUGUGAUAUUGUACACACCAUUUGUUUUUAAUUGUGAAAGCAUUGUUGCAUGCAUGUGUGUUUUAUCUCAGGAAUGAAAAUUAAGCAAUCAAAGAUGUUUUUAUCUUA